AUGGAAGAGCUCACCAUCUCAAGCUCACUCGCGCAGCUCGAAAGAAUAGGCCAAGGGCGCUGCGGGACCGUCUGGGCCGUCCGCUGUUCAGCCUGCGAUGACCACAGCCAUCUGGCCAUGAAGCGCGAGGAUGGCAGCACCGGAAGGUCGAUAUCGCACGAAUACCGAGUCCAUCAGAAGAUAACGAGAGCUUCCACGCAAUCAAGCUUAUCGUCGUUUGCCAUCCCUCGAUCCGUUGGCUUUCUCGCUGCCGAUGACGCCGCAGCUUGGUCUGUCAUUCUGCCACGCUUUCCCCCCGACUACACUGCCUGCAACGCCAUCGUCAGCGAAAAGAUUCUCCCCGUCAAGGAAUCCGCCCGGAGACUCCUCGUGCACAAGUUUCGGCCUGAUGUAGACGAAGAGGAGAUUAUGAGGAGCCAGAGCAACGAACACUGCCUCCUUCGACCGUAUCUCGGCCGCCGGAGAUACCACCAGACACUCAGCCUGCGCAACUACCCGCUGCAUAUGGAUCAGAUGGAGCAGCUUGGACUUGAUCCGAGCGGCUAUGCGGUGGCCAUGGCGGACGCUUUGGCGUUCCUGCACUGGGUCGCCCACGUUGACGGCAAUGAUGUCGAGUUUGUGCUCGGUCGACCUCGAUGCCGACCAGAUAUAUUGUCUGCGACCAGGACUGGAGGUAAUAUAUCUUGCUCUAAUACUGCAGUCCUGGGUCCCCACGAGGUGUGGAUUCUGGAUUUCGACCUCUGCCGAGACAUGUCUCUCGACGAGGAGGGCGUUGAUCAGGCGAAUCGUGCCUUUUGGGGCAAUGACCCUUAUUUUCCCCGGCCUGGGAGCAGCAAUCUGGCGGAUCAGAGGCUUUGGACAAUGUUCCAGGAUCGAUACAUCGAGUCCAGCGCCGCGGCAUUGCACGGAGAGCCGGAUUGUAUCAAGAGACUCCCCGGCCUGUUUAUCGAGCAGAUCAAGCGAGCCAGGGCUGUUUCAAGUUCCUAG